UAUUCGGGGGCGCUCGUCGCAUAUGUCUGCACUCUCCCAUGUGUUGCAGUUUGCAUAAAGAGUUGAUCUGCCAUUCACUCCUCAAGACCAUACAGGACACUUCAGGACACUCUCACGAUCCAUUCGACAAUAAAACGUGAAUAGUCGAUUCAACUGAGUGAACGAUUCCUAGAAAAUCGUGGAAAAUCCAGUAGAUUUUCCAAAUUAGUUGGAGAAAAUUGUUUGGGGCCAUGAAUUGUCAUUCGUGAUUAUGAAAAACACCAGUGCCUCGACGUCUUCAGGUGCAGUAAACCGAGGUUGAGAAAAUUCUGGUUUCACCUGAUGAGUGAGGACUUGUAGAGAAUAGAGAGGGAGGGGGACAUUUUCACUGGAGUUUAUCUUGUUUUGGUUGUUGAUAACUGCUUUGGGAGGAGAUGGAUAUUGAGGAGCCUGUCACACAGGGACUGCUGCUGUUCCCUCCUCAGGGAGUUCUUGGACAGCUGAAGAAAACGUGGCAUAAGAGGUACUGCCAGCUGUUCAAGGCCAGCAAGUAUGGUAUUGAGAGACUAGAGAUUUGGGACAGUAGAGAGGAUUUUCUGGGACAACAGCUGAGUCCUAGGAUCAUUACGCUUGAGAAUUGUGUGAAGAUCGGACCCAGCAAUCAGCCGAGAGUUAUUGCGGUAGUGACCCGAUCCCUGACCCACCACUUUGGCUGCAUAACCGAGGCGGAAACCCGCGACUGGAUAACUGCCUUCCAACAGGUUGCCUUCCCCGACCUGCCCUCCACCGAGACCAUCGAGGAGGACAACGACCUCUACUGCACCAGUGGCGAGGGCAUCUUCUCGGUGAAACUAGUGGAAACAGACGCCUCGAAACGCUGUCGGCUGGAAGAAAAAAACUACACCCUCCUCGUUGCAGACACCGAGAUGAGCCUCCUGGACGGCGAGUCCGUCCUCUUCACCUGGCCCUACCACUACAUCCGAAAGUACGGGUAUGGCGAGGGAAAAUUCACCUUCGAGGCGGGGAGAAAAUGCGAGUCAGGGGAGGGAUCAUUUCGCUUGGAGCACAGCAAUCAGCAGGAGAUCUUCCGGUGCAUCUCGUCGAGGAUGAAGUCAAUGAAGAAGCUUCUCCGAGGAGAAAUUGCUACUCCCGGGGUGGACCUCAAUGAUGCCCAGUAUCAUGCUGCCCUGUCCAUGGAGGCUGGCUCCAGGUCCCCUCUCCCCCCGACCCCAACACAGAAUUUAAUUGAUUUGGACUAUUCGAGUUCGGCGCAGAAUUCCCAGAGGACGAUAUUUCCGAGCUCGACGUCAACCUCGAGUCUUGACUCGGUUCCUUUCAUCAGGAGUCCACCUCCCAUUGUGGGCUCCAAACCCACGAAACCGCCAAGGAAGUUCUUCAUUCCAGGUCUACGCGAGCCCAAAACCCCAGCAGAACUCCCAGACAUCGGCUGUGGUAUAUACCGUAGACUAGCAUCUUACACAUCCCCAGAGGCCACAAGAAAAUUAUCCCAGACAUCACCAUCCCCUCAGGACGACGAGAAGCAUCCCUACGACCUCGUGGAGGUUCGAAACAACGCCUGGAGGACCCACGGUAUCGACACUAUCGUCCACACCGAGAGAAAGGACAGGCCGAACGGCCAAAACCCCAGAGCAGUCUCCGACGACGAGAAUACCAAUGAAAAUAAAAAUCCCAAAAAAGAUGAUACUGACGAGGAUUGGGUUGAGGUGAAUGUCGAGGAGUCUGGGGAUCGUCUGAACGACGACGAGGACUCUGACUGUCAGUACGAGACGAUGAUCUCCAAUAGCACGGGUUUAUCGACGACUGAGACCGUCACAGCAUCACCGAUCAUUCAUAAUAAUGUCGCAAAGUCUGAUUCCACUGCCAAUUACGAUACCCUUCAGCAUUUUGGGUCUCUCCACAGGCUGAACAAUCCUGGAUAUAAGGCACCCAACUUGAGUCUCAGUUUACCCAUGAGAAAUGCAUCCUCACAGUGCAUUUCACCGACUGUUUCUCUUGAGGACAGCAGCCCCUCGUGGAAUGAUUAUGAUGUGGUCGAGGACGUGCACUCCAUUAGAUUGGCUGACGACAGUAGCAGGGGGUAUGGGGUGAUAAGGAAAAAAGCGAAUGCUGCGACUAAUGUCAGUGCAGGGCCUCAGCAUAGGAUCUUCAAUAACAGUGAAUAUGCCAUUGUGUCGAAGCCUAAGAGAGUUUAGUAUUUGAUUUUUACAUCACGAGAUGAUUUUCAGACGAAGGAGGCUUUAAUUUUUAAAUCUACUUUUGAAAAAUAUCUCAGAAUUUGAGUCUGAUGAAAUUGGGAUAUUCGUUGUGAAGUCAUUUUUAGUAAAAAAAUCAUUGCUAAAUGAGGGAUUCAAAUGAAAUUUACUUAUGCAGGUUUGGGAGAGUCUGAGAAUUUUGUGAGAAUUAUUUCCAAAAUAUUUCAAACAUUUGUAGAUCCACAGAAAAAUGCCAAUGCGGUCUAGUUUUGGGGAAAAACCCGAAUAUUUCGUGGGAAUUAUUUUAUAAAUAUCUCUGAGACUAGCAGAUUUGGAGGAAAAUAUCAACAGAACAAUUUUAUAAACCGUGAAAUUGCCCACGAAAAAUUACUUAUUAAUUAAAGUUUCGCCAUUUCCCUGAGAUAAUUAUCAAAAAAUGAGGUAAUAAAUCAAUUCGCUCUAGUUUUGUAGAAAAAUUCAAAUAUUCCAUGGGGAUUAUUUUAUAAAUAUCUCUGAGACUAGUAGGUUUGGAGGAAAAAGUCAAAUCCAUAAAAUUUUCCACAAAAAAUGUCUUCAUACGUGAAAAUACAACUACAUAUACUGAUAUAUAUUUUCAUGUAUAUGAUUUAUAUAUGAAAAUUUCUCAAUUUCCUUUAGAUUCGGAGAUAUUCAGUGAAAAUUCCCCUAUCACUUUACCGGUAAAUGAAAAAAACACCUAAUUUCUCAAUUAAUUUACAACUACCGGUGAGAAUAUAUAUAUUUUUUACGCGUUUUCAAGUAAUAGUCGUGCUCAAUGAAUGAUCGAAAAAAAGACGUACUACUGCAUUUUUUAUAUUCCAAUCUGAGUGCCAAUGUUGUACUAUUUUUUAUUUGAUACUAGAAUUACGGAAUCAACUACGAUCGGUUUUUUUUAUAUUUUUUUAGGGUGUCGAAUGAAAGACAUGAGUAUUUGUGUAACGGUGGACCAAAGAUCUUUAACUUCACACCAAGUGAUAAGAUAAUUGUUUAACGAUCCUGUAUUGGACGGUCCAAAGUGCCUAAUUGUAUGUGUUGACGAGUCUAUUGACUUGUGAUGAUGAUUUUUUCUUAUUCACUGUAUUGAUUAGGGUAAGAUUGUAUUAUAUUUUAUACGAUGUUGAAAACAUUUUGUAGAUAAGUGAAUUUAAUAAAUCUAUUGUUACCGAGCAA